AAUUAAUAUUACGAUAAUUAUAAUUUAUAUAUAUGUUUAUAAAAGAUUUCGAUUACUAACAAACGCACAUGCGUAUGAACAUGAUUAAAUCAAUUUCGCGCCAAAUGUAUUACUAUCAGUGAUCUAUCUAAUAUUUGUUCAUAGGCAUACGCCCGCAGUUGCAGUUGCUACUGCACAGUCCGCACCCGUACGUUCGCGUAGUGCGUUUCAGAAUACUAUCUUUAUUAAAACACCAACGUAUACACAUACACAUAUAAGCAAAAUCGAAUUUUAAAAGCUGAGGAAAACUGCUGGUGAUCAACGAGAUUUUAUAGACGAUAGACAUUCGCUAUUUGUGUUGAUGUGGCCGCGUCAAAUGAAUGUGCAAUUUAUUAGUGGUUGUUUUGAGACUGGAUUGUUACUCGAUUAGAAUGGUUGCAAGUGUCGCGCGCAUCGCUGGCAACCCGUGCAGUGUUGUGCCAAAAUAAAUCGACGAUAGUUAUUCCUUGGGAGCUGCCAGUGGACGAAUGUACUUCACUAUUCGAGUCCGUUUGCUAGCGGCGGGACAAGCUAUGUGGAAUUGCGAUUGCCCGCUCUUUUGUCUCUACGAAGACUAUGGGUGUCAUAUCCCUUUGAUGUGCAUCCCGGUAUUUUAAAAACGAUCGUCUUCGCCAAGCGAAAGUGUUUUGCUUGGCUAUUAUCGUUUCUACAUUCUGGAUUUCGUUUUUUUUAUCUAUUUGAAUUAUAUUUUUAAAAAAGGCUAGAACAACACGUAUUUCAUCAUAGUGUUUUCAACAAUUUUUAUCCGCCCUGACGUGAUUUGCCCGGUUUGCCCGCCACAGGACGGGUUAUGUUUCCCACUUUCAUCGGAAUCUUAGACAUUCAAUCGUGGUGGGAGGUGCCAAGUAUAGCACACUUCUGCUCAUUAUUUAGGGCUGCCUUCAAUCUUCUGGACUUUGAUAUUGAGGAUCUCGAAGAAGCUUUAUUAACGGAUGGUGGAACUGAAGGACGUUUAGUACAGGAAUUAAUAGUCAGGUUACUUGAAGGUUGUUUACCAAAUGAUACUCGCAAUGACAUCUCUACCUUUAAUUAUCAAAUGUUUCUUCGUAGACUUUUUCGAAAGAAAUGUCAGGAAUACAAGUGUGAGAAUCCUUUUAAUACAGAUGUAGAUUUUGAAUUAUUACCUCUUCGUCAAAAAGUAGAAAUCUUACGUGCUCUUUGUGACUUCAGGCUUGACGCUGAAGACGUGGAGCAAUCAUUAAAUAAUUUGGACUCGGAUAGUCUGCGAGUCGAACCUUUAGGACAUGAUCGUAAGAAUUCUGCCUAUUGGUACUUUUACGGCACUCGAUUAUAUAGGGAGGACUACAUUGAUACUUCUAACAGCAUCUCACACAAACAGAAAAGUAAACCUAGGGAUAAAAAACGUAAAAGACGACGAAGCAGAGUGGCGAAGGAGGAAGAGGAAGAGGAGGAGAAGAAGGAAGACAGUUUAAUACACAGAGAAGGAAAAGAAAGUGUUUGGCAGGUUGUCUGCUUUACUCAGCAGGAUUGGAGUCGUCUAGUUGAAAAAUUUCGUGAUUCGGAGUACGAUACCGAACGUAAACUUUACCGUACUCUAUCCGAGGAUUUCAUGCCCGAAAUCCCUAAACUUUUUGAUUUAAAAGAAAAACAACAAAGACGCAAAUUGUUACAACGUAAUAGUUCACGUGUACUUCGAAGUCACGAACCUACGACACAGAUGGAAACAGUCAUGGUUAGAUCGAAGAUCAAAACUAAAACAAACAAAGGGAGUAAAAAGGGGACACAAAAUUCAAAGAACGUUUAUGUUAAAGAGGAUACACCUCCGCCUUUACCUUCUCCGCCAGUUCAAAAGAAAGGACGGCAAACUAAUAAUUCGUUGGCUUCAGCUGUUGGUCAGAUUGUGAUUCAUACCAGGGAUGAAGUGGAGGGAUUAGAAAAAAAGAAAGGGAUUGGCAGCAAUAGUGAUGGACAUUAUGUAUCUUCUAAUUAUGGAUAUAAGUAUGGUUACUCAUUUGGAAUUGAAGAAGAAGAACGUCGCGUUGGAAUGCACAAAGUUCUUGAAAGUCUUAAAGAUCAUGUUGAUGCUUGGCCAUUUAUUGAUCCUGUGGAUGAAGAAUAUGCCCCAAGAUACUAUAGCGUGGUACGAAAACCUAUGGAUCUUAGUACAAUGGAAGAAAAACUUGAAAAUAGUUUAUAUAAAAGUCUAAGUGAAUUCAAACGUGAUUUUCGACUGAUAGUAGAUAAUUGUAGGCAAUAUAAUGGUUCUGAUAAUGAAUAUACAGAAAUGGCAUUUAAUCUUAAGGAAGCAUUUGAUAAAGCAGUAAAUCGUUAUUUGGAAUCGGAAACAUCUAGCGAUGAGGAUCCCUCAUCGCCGAAAUCAUUUCUUGCUACUCCGGCAUCUCCAUCGUGUCCUUCUCGUGUUUCAUCGCCUCAUCAAAAUAGAAAACGUUCGAAAAAAUCUACGAAAAAAUCGAAAUCAUAUAAAUCUGAAAGUAAAGGAAAAUCCAAAACAAAUGAUAAAAAUGAUGAAGAAGAAAAACGAGGAAAAAAUUAUAAGCUUCCAAAGAAAAAGAGAGGAAAGAAAAAGAACAAAAGAGCAAAAGACGAAGAAUCUGUAAAUGAAGAAGAGCAGGAAGAACAAGAGAGCGAAGAUGCAAUGUCUGAAUCAAGUAUUAUAACAUCGAAAAGAAGAAAACAUGCUGAUGGGAAUAAUUUAUUAUUAAAAACCAAAAAGCUAACAUCCAAAGAAUCAGAAGAGCUUAAGAAGAUAGAUAAAAAAAUUAGUAAAGAACGUCAUCAACAAAAAAAAGAAAUGGAAAAUGUGCGGCCGAUAAAAGAAUCAAAAGAAAAUAAGAAGAGAAAGGAAGAUUUCGAAGAAGAUUAUGAACCCCUAGUCGUUGCAAAAAGUAAAAGUAGAAAGAUCGAAAAGAAAGAACUGGAGGAUACCGAAAUAUUUACAGAUAAUGCGAAGAAGAAUAAAAUGAAAAAAACCGAAUCUCUUGAAGACGAAACAGUACCGGAAAAAGAAGAGAAAACACAGCAUGUUAAGGUCAAAAAAAAUCGGAAAAAGGAUAAAACGGGGUUAAAAAUAUUAAAAUCUGAUGAGAAGUCUGAGAAAAGUCGAGUUAAAGAUAAAGAGAAAAAAUCAAAACAAAAAAAUGAUGAACUUAAAAAUGGAGAAAUAUCAAGUGAAAUAGAUUCCAAAGACAUAGAUCUAGAAAGUGAUAUAGAUUCGAAAGAAACACAUACAUCUAAGAAGAUUUCCCCAUUUAUAGGUGAUAAAGACAUAGAAUCAUUGGAUGGUUUAAAAGAUAAAAUAAGUGAGAGACGGCGAGAAGAAAAAUUGAAAAAUGAGAAAGAGAAACAAAAGAAAACUGGGAAGAAUGAUCUUCACAAUAUGUAUUCAAAAAAAGUGCCUUCAAAUGGUAGUACCUUUCACGACAGCGAUAAAGCCAGCGUAAAACGACCAAAGUUUAAAAAAGGAAUAAAAGAAGAAAAAGUUCCUACCGAAGAUUCCCUCACAACUCACGACCAAGAAGUCACCGAGAAAAAAGUAAAAGUAUCUCAAUCAAAGCAUACCAAAGGAUUUGGAAAAGAAGAAAGCUCCAUGCAAGCCUUGAAUCAAGCAACAGAACAAACACUUCAUGAUAUCAACAAAUGGCUUGAUGACGCACCAAGACUCUCUGAAUUUUCUUCAGGAAGCGAUUCACCAAUAUUUCAUUCUUCGUCCGUUGAAUCUAGCCGAUCAGGUCCAAAAGUAGAAGCACCUAGAAAACGACCAAGUUCUAUUAAAAUUUUUGGUCCUCAUGGACCUACCAGACCAAAAAAAAUUCAACGUACAAUAGAUCGUUUACAACCUGGAAAAAGUAAGGGAAAUUUACUUUUAAAAAAACCAUUAAAUUUACCUAAUGUUAAUACCACCGAAACAGCGGUGCAGUUGACCAGCGAUAAUGAUCAAACGAAUAAGAAUUCAGAUGAAGAACCGAAACUUAGUUUAGGAACAGUUUUGAAAAAUGUAGAUUCCAUACAGUUAAUUUGUAAGAGUCUAGUUUCCUCGCCCAAUCCCAAUUUUUCAAAUGACGAUGAAGAAGAAGAUCACAAUACUCUUCCUGCAAUCCCAGUGUCUAGUCUAAAAGAAGAAAACACAUCAGGAAUAACAACGACGCAAACAACUACGGUCGUAGAAGAAUCUAAAGAUAAUCAGUCUAAUGUAAAGGACACGCAGAAACCCAAAGCAGCGACGCCAAAUUUGAGUGCUUGGUUCAAAGCGUUCGGAGCGCCAAAGUUAAAAAAGAAAGAUGAAGAAUCAGAGGAUGGUAUAACAAAGAAGGAUGGUGAAUUGCAGGAAGUGUUUUGUGGUAGACAAAGAAGAAUGAGUACUGGUGGUAGUAGUGUAAGUGAAUCUGUUUCGAGUUUUUCCCAAGAGUCACCCCCUGGACGUUCAGGUCGAUCUCCACAAGGACAACCUAUAAUGGCUUCGAUUGAGCCGCAAAUUAGAGGAGCUGGAUUCUAUCAGGACGCUUUAUCGACAGGAAGUAGCCCUUACAAUAGUCCUUAUUAUGCCACACCACCAAGAUACAGUGCUCAAUUACCUCCCACUCCAUCACCACAAAAUCAUCCUUUAUCCCCAGCUUAUCCAUCAUCAUCAUAUGAACAAGCGCCUCUGUACCAAAUACCUGCCCAACAAUCGCAUCAAACGUUCCAGAAAUCACCUCAGGAAAAUUCUAGGGAAAUGUAUCAUCAAUUGUCACCCACAUUUCCUCAACGAUCGCCGCAAACUAAUUUCUCUCAGAAUUCUACACAAAACGAAGCAUACAAUCAACAAUUGUCUUCUAAUCAAAAUCAAUCUCCAGUUUAUUCACAGCAUUCACCACAGCCUAUACAACAAGUAUAUCCACAGCCUUCCCCUCAGCCACCACCAUCAAAUUAUUCACAACCAUCUCCUCAGCAACCUUCCACUCCCAAAUAUUCACAAGUUUCUCCGCAACAAAACGCCGCCAAUUAUUCACAACCAUCUCCGCAAUCUGCCACUUAUUCUCAAUCUUCGCCUCAACAACCACACUCACCGUAUUCUCAAGCUUCUCCUCAAGCACCGCCAAAUUAUUCUCAAUCCUCACCACAACAACAACAUUCUCCAUAUGCACAAUCUCCGCAACAAUCAUCCGGAUAUUCUCAAUUGUCUCCUCAACCACCAUCAAAUUAUUCUCAACAAUCACCACAACCACCUACGAAUUAUUCUCAAACAUCGCCUCAACCACCUUCCAAUUAUUCUCAAGCUUCACCUCAACCACCUUCCAAUUAUUCUCAAUCAUCACCUCAACCACCUUCUAGUUAUUCUCAACCAUCACCUCAACCACCUUCCAAUUACUCUCAACCAUCACCUCAACCGCCUUCCAAUUAUUCUCAAUCAUCACCACAACCACCUUCCAAUUAUUCUCAACCAUCACCUCAACCACCUUCAAAUUAUUCCCAGCCAUCGCCUCAACCUCCUCCUGUGUAUCCUCAACAAUCUCAAUCUUCAAACUUUUCACAUCCAUCGUCUCAGACGCAUUCUUCCAAUUAUGCGCAAUCUUCGCCUCAAUCACUCACAGCGGGUUACUCUCAAUCAUCUCCUCAGCCACGAAAUUAUUCCCAACCAUCACCUCAACAAAUUCAAACGUUUCCUCAACAUUCUCCACAAGCACCGCCCUCAUAUUCUCAACCUUCUCCGCAAAAUGCAUCUUAUUCUCAAUCAUCUCCGCAACAAGCAGUUAAGUAUUCUCAGCCUUCUCCUCAACAAUCUACCAAUUACUCGCACUCGAUACACUCACCUCAAAAAUCACAGAAUUAUUCUCAGAUGUCUCCUCAGCAAGCACCACCAAGCAAUUAUUCUCAACCAUCACCUCAGCAAUCUCGUAACUACUCACAACCAUCUCCAUCUCCUCAACAGUCCCGUAACUAUUCUCAGCCAUCACCAUCUUCUCAGCAAUCGCACAAUUAUUCUCAACCAGCGCCGUCGCCUCAACAAACUCAUACUUAUUCCCAACCAUCACCCCAACAGAAAUCCAUGUGCGCAUCACAGACGUCGCAAUCUUCACAGCAGCCUUCAAGUUAUUCACAGCCGUCUCCGCAGCAAAGUACAAAUUACAGUUUACCGCAAUCACACUCUAAAAGCGCAGAAGAAUACCCGCAAACUGCCUCGACACCUUCGAAUUACUCCCAUGGAUACAAGCAGAAUCAUCCUUAUAUUCAAUCACCAGCAUCAUCGACGUUAAAUGAAACAGAGCAUCGAACGGAUUAUUUAAAAUCUAGCACCACUGAAAAGUCAUCGAACAUAGAGCAACAAAGAAAUUUUACCGUAUCUUCGGAAGCUGCAUCAUUGAAUUUGAAUACAAAUCAUCAGAUCUAUCAAUCGCCAAAUCAAUAUCCGCCAACAUUUGGAAAUAAUUAUCCUAACAUCGAUCUUCAGAGAUCUGUUUCAAGGCAUGGUGGUCAGGAACAAUCGCAGCAAUCAUCUCAGGAACGGCCCAGUUUCACCGAUCUCAGCAAUUCUCUAAAUGUUCAGAAAUAUACUCAGCAACGAUCAACUCAAGAUCAAUCGCAAAUCUUAGCAUUCCAGCAAAAUUUGACACCACACGAAUCUCUUUACCCUAGUGGUUUCCAAUCAUCUGGUUAUCCGAUGUCGAAUUCCAGACCGGUGUAUCCUAGUCCACAUUAUUUCGAUGCCAAUUCGAAAGCUGUCGCCAACAGCGGAACAGCGAAUAGUUCGACCAGUAAUUUGGCUCCUGUAAAGAAACGUAUUUAUAAUGAAUCGUCCACAGAGUCAUCUCGUGGUUUGGCGCAGGAGACCGCAGCAAGAACAACAGGUCAAGAGCAAUUCGGAUUCGAUCCUAUAAUGGCAUUGCCGCAACCAGAUGCAGUUUCAGCUAGUCAAUUUGACACUGCAUUCGUCGGGAACUUGGCCGAUUCCGUAGCAACAAAUCCAGCAUAUGCUCGUCUAGGUCUAGGUUUGGUAGGUCGUACAGGUAAAGAGCAACAACAAUUAUUGAACAUUCCUCGACCACCGCCAACGAAACCGGAACAUUUAACGUACGCGCGUAAUCCAACUUCUGGCGCCACAGAACUAGAUUUAAAUUUACUUCAAAGUUUGCAGACAGCAGCCGCGAAGAAUACGCAAGGUAUUCUAUCGAUGUCAUCAUCUCGUAGGAGUGGAGAGUCGUCCGUUAGUUCUACAUCCACGCCUGUAAAAACGAAAAAAAGUAGGAAGAGUAAACAACAACAAGAACAGCAAAACGUGACGAGCGUUUCAGUGGUUAGUACAGAGCCACAAUCUGGUACAGGAAUACCUGGUUUUCCACAAUAUACGGGAACAUCCGCGGAUUCUAUAGGUCUGAAGAACACCACUAUGGUCCCACCAACUGGGAGUGCCUUCAAUUUUGCUGCGUCAACUAGCACCACAACUAGUUCACCUUUCUACGAUAAAGACGCAUCAGCAGCCGCAGCGGCAUUUGCAUUUUUGGAUGAAUUUCGAAAUCCAAAUAGUUAUUACAGUAUGGCGCUCAGGCAGCAACAACAGCAGCAGCAACAACAAGUUCCACCGGUCACGGAUGCUACGCAGCAGGCUUGCAACAAACUUAGCAAUCAACCGCCGAGAAACUAUCCGCCUCAUCCUUUCCUUCAUUCCGCUCAAAGACCAGCAGCUUAUGGACCUCCAGUGUCGGCUUACGUCACGCCGCAUGGCCCAAAUUUAACGAUGGAUCCAACUGCUUAUCAACAAUACAUUCAUUCCUUGUAUGCACUUCAACCGCCGCCCCAUCAUCAUCGACCGUCCUGGCUUUAGCCGUUAAAAUCUUUGUAAUGGCUGUUUCGGAACAUUUGUAUGUGACAUUUCGGUGGAUGCAUUAUUUCUUUAAAAAUCUGAAUGAAUGAAUAUUUGAAACGAGAGAUAUUGCUAAUAUAGUAGCUUUCUUUUUUUAUCUAAUUGAAUUAUAUUAAUCUUAAAAUAAUGUUUUGUUUGGUCUCUUAAUGAGAUGCAAAAGAAAAUUUUAUGAAAAUAUUAUAUAAAAUGCGAUUGUAAAUAUUAUUCUAUUUAAUCUCGCGCUGUGCAACAAUAAUAAAAAUUUUCUUCCUUCGAGAUAAAAAAAGAAAAAGGAACAGUACCGAUGUUUUUCUGGUUUAAUUGAUAAGGACAAGGGUUUUCAAAAUAUAUUACGAGAUCAUGGAUUCUUUUUAAUUUUUUUAUAUGACUCAAUUCAUUUAUCUUUUGUUAAUGGACGCGAUAUAGUUUUCCAGACAUUUAUUUUCUUUUUAUUAAUUUUUUAAUUUCUUUUUAUUAUUAUUAUUUUUGUUUGUUUGUUUGGCUUUUUUUUUUUUUGAUGAAAAAUUUCGGUACUGUAUUUAUAAGAAUGGAAGAAUAUUUUGAUUAUUUCUUGAGAUUGUUAAUACAUUAAACUCAUAACGUCAAACAGUAAAAAAUACACGAUCAAGAAAUUUUGAUCGUUUAUUUUUUCUAUUUUUUUUCUUUUUUUCCUUUUGUAAAUAUUUUACUUAUUGACUUACAAAUAACAAAUUUUUAAAGCUCUCUCUGAAAUCAAAAUUGUUUUUCCACCGACUUGUCUUCCCCACUUUUCGCAUUUGUUUCCUUUUUUUAUCAAAAAAUACGAAUAUGAAUCUUUGACAUUUUUACACGAUAUAUUAGAAACAAAGUUUACCUUUAAUAGGUAAUCUAUUAUGUAGUUAUAUGUAUAUAAAGAAUAAGCCUACUUUAUGUAGGAAUUUUUGAUAGUUUUUUCUAAUGACUAGUCGACAACUUAGAUAUAAGUUCAGUCGCUAGUGCCGGAAGUAACCUUCUAUCAAAAGUUCCUCUAUCUAUUGCGCUCUUAAAAAUGUCCUUUUUUCUCAAUCUACCAAGACAUGAUUUAUGUAACUUUUUUUUAAGAUAAAAAAGAUAAUGGUUCGUUUAUGGCCAUACGUAAUUGUUUUACCUGUGGAAAAUAUGUUGCUUCCCUUUUUUUUGUAUUCAAAAAUUGCUAGACAUUCAAAAAAAUCUAUGUAACUUUUAAUUUUCAAAAGAAUUUUUGUAUGAUAUGGAGCGCACUGUUGCUGGUGUAUCUUAUGUAGAGUUAGAUAGAUUCGUUAGUGCGUAAGUUAGAAAUUUGUUUCUUUGUAUAUAAAAUUACAUAUCCUUCAUAGACAAUGUGCUCGAUGUAAAGAAAGAUCUGCAAAGUCAAAGGACAUUGUAGAAUCGUCCGCGAAGAUUAAAAGAAAUAAACAACGGGAAAUUAUAGGAUAUAGCAAGAAUGGAAGAUGUAUGUACAUCGUGUGUAUAUGCGCUAGUAUGAAUGUGCGUCGUAUCUCAUGAAUGACAAAAUAAAGUGUAAUAUGUACACUGCAAUCAUACAUUAACCCACCUUAUUGCUGAAAAAAUAAAAAAGGAAGCGCGGUAUAUUAAAACUUAUAAAUAUAUACAUAUAUAUUGUAAAUGUAUAUUGUAAAUGUAUCGAUGAGACAGAUUAAAGCACAGUUUGUUACAAA